AUGUGUAGCUACAGUUGCAGUCUCGCCCACCCUCACAAUCUUGAUGUUGAUCACCAUGACCCUGAGAAUAGUUCACUUUUUAGGUUCAAUGCGCUUUGGGAAGCUCAUUAUCGUCAAGAUUCUCUGCUAGUGUUCUCAACUGGGAGAUCACCUACACUCUACAAACAACUGAGGAAAGAGAAGCCUAUGAUAACUCCUGAUAUAACUAUUAUGUCUGUGGGGACUGAGAUUACUUAUGGGAAAUCAAUGGUGCCUGAUGAUGGAUGGGUAAGCAAUGCCCAAGAGGAAUUGUUGCAGUGGCAUUCACAAAAUGCAAAAGAUAACCCCAAGAUUCUUCAUGCCUCAGAGCGCUGUGCAUCUGGAAUAAUAAGGAAAAAGGCAAAAGAGAAAGCAAAUUCAUAA